AUGCGCAAUGGCGACGGUUACGGCAACUUUGGGCGGUCGACCGACGACUAUGACCCAUUUGGCGACAGUAGAAACAGAAUAGACCGGUACAAUAUCCAGCCACCAUCAUCACAGAGUCUCCGUAACAUGCCGUCGCGACCGCGCGCUCAGGAGUCGAGCGCUGAGAGACAGAUAACUCAGGUCUUGGAACACAUCAGGGGCGAAUGGCCGUCUCUGUGUCGGGAAGACUGCGUGCCUGUUCAGCUAGCGCUCCAGCUGCUGGAUAACAGCUCGGUUGGUCGCGCUCACGACUACCGCAGGUUCCAGACGACGCAUACGUAUCUCCAGGACUCGCUGAAGAACAUUGUACACGAGCAUCACCAGGGCUUCAAUAGUUCGAUCGGUACAUUUCACAAGAUUCAGAGCAGCAUUCAGGUCUCCCAAAAGCGAGUCCGAGCUCUCAAGGAGUCGUUGUCAUUGUCAAAAACGAGCCUGUGCGCUACAGAUCCAGGACUAAAGAUUCUCUCUGAGGAGUCGAAAGCUUAUGACGACCUUUUACAAACGCUAAACGAACUGGACGACCUCCGAGCUGUUCCUGAUCAGCUAGAGGCUCGUAUCUCCGAGAAGCGGUUCUUGACGGCGGUCGAGGUGUUGCAAAAUGCGCUACGAAGACUAAGAAAGCCCGAACUAGACAAUAUUGGAGCCUUGAGUGAUCUAAGAAGCUACCUCGCCAAUCAGGAAACUGUUCUCAUGGAUAUUUUGGUGGAAGAGCUGCACGAGCACCUCUAUUUGAAGUCUCCGUACUGUCAACAGAGGUGGUCGAGCUUGGCUAAGAACCGAGGCGGAGCCAACGAGGGUAAUCACAACGAAGACAACACCGUUACCCCGUUCUACCUAAUCUUGGACUCGAUUGAUUUUGAGAGGCCGGUCAUAGAAGAUCCCAUGAAAAACCCAGAAGCGGACACGUUUUAUUACGUAACUCUCCUUGUCGAGGCGUUGAACAAACUGGGAAGACUGCAGAACGCUGUAGAGACUUUGAAGCAGAGGUUACCUGUUGAGCUGUUCAGCGUCGUUACUGAGACGAAUAAUGAAGUCGAGCAGCGGCACCCAACUUCGUUCCGUGCUACCAUUGGAAAGCUCGACGGAGUGCAGAUAUACAGCCCCAGAGAAAUGCAGAUGCGAGCAGACGUCAUUUAUGACCUUCUUUGGACACUUUACGGCAAGUUCGAGGCUAUUGGAGAAGGGCAGCGCGUGUUUCAUGAGUCUAUUAAAGCUCUUAUUCGCCGCGAAGGCUCCGGCAAUAAUAUUGCCCUGCUUGGCAGUUUCAAGGAGCUAUGGAAUCUCUACCAAAACGAGAUACGGUCCCUUCUACACAAUUAUGUAACAACAGACGCCGAUGUUUACCAAUUCGAUUCUCCUACACCAGGAGUAGGUGCUGGUGGCAAAGAUGGCAUGCGAGAACACCUAUUCAAAUUUUCAGAGAUGGAUUCCAAAUCCACCGAAGUCACUACAGAGUACGAUGCGCUGGAGAGUAUCAUUCAAGCUACAGUUCCUGGCUUGACGGGCGGUUCUCGAAAACAGGGCUCUGAUAGCAAGAGGAACAAGUCAACCGCUGACGACGCCGGGUCAAGACGAAGCGCUAUGUACGGUGCGGCCCGGCAGGCAUCGGGUCCUUCCAAGUCCUUGGUUGAGCCAAGCGUUUUCAAUAUGAGUCUGCUCUUACCGCCGACACUUAUCUUCCUGCAGCGACUAAAGAAUAUUGUACCUCCUGGUUCUGAUCUGGCCACGAGCACGUUAACCAGCUUCCUCGAUAAUUUCUUGGUCAAUGUAUUCCAGCCGCAGCUGGAUGAGACUCUUGGAAAGCUGACCGACACCGUUUUUGGUGAGGCCGACUCCUUUUCGCAGGAUCCCGCUUGGAGCCAAUGCUCUCAGCGACCAAUCUUUAAGGGAACCACCGCGUUCUUCCAAGUGGUCACCGCGUUCUGCCGAAUGCUUGGCACCAUUCCUCCGGACCAGGCCUUGAGUUCUCUCAUCGUCACCCAAAUGAUGAGAUAUUAUGACCGCUGUUUCAGCUGGUUCCAGUCACUCGUGACUAAGAGACACGAUCAGCCUUCUGAUUCGAACAACUUGCGAGCAUCCGCCCGCUUUUCUGUGCAAUCUGGCAAAGUGAACGAAAUAGCAAAGCAACUUUCAGACGAGCUGGAUGGCAGCUUGAUGAAGGAAGAGGUGCAGCUUCUUAUUCAGAAGACAAACGUCCAGCGGCUGGGGGCAAAUGACGUUAUCCAGGACCGAGACACGAUAUCAUCCUUGUGUCUUUUAUACAACAGUAUGAGAUGGCUGGCUGCGAAGAUUCAAAGCUUGAGGCAUAUAACAGCGCAUGAGACGGAUUCGUCACGGCAGCAUCUCCCACGCCAGUCAGGCCAACGGUGGGCGUUGAGUGAUCCUAGUAAGGCUUCGAGCCAGAAUCAAGUGCAGCUUCCUCUUACGGAAGAGACAGCCCAAAACUUUGACAAUAUUGUGUCGUCUUUUGAAGAGCUGGCUGCUACAACUCUAUUAACCUUGCACAUGGAAGUGCGAUGUCGGGUAAUCUAUUCGCUGCGAAAUACUCUGUCGCCAGACUUGGCGCCGUAUAUCCUAGAGCAGGACGUAAGAGAGCCAGAUCCCCAAAUCAUCAGUCUCAACCAAGAGCUGAUUCUUUUGGAUGAAACAAUCGUGCAAUUCUUGAGAGAGAAGGAAGUUUUAUUCAUACGCACUGGGCUUGGCAUCCUGAUCAACACUUUCUUGGUCAAGAAUGCCACUCUAGCCUCUCCCAUGAACGACAAAGGAUGCCAACGCAUGCAGCUGAAUAUUCUCGUUCUUCAGCAGAACCUCAAAAAUGUCGAAGAUGGAACCGACCUAGCAAAGGCCGCAAGCUACUUCUCGCUCUUCGAAAGGGGUCCAGAUGCUAUCAUUGAGAAGGCAAGAGAGUACAAGGACAGGCACGGAAUGGGAACGCUUUCCAUUGAUCCCAAUAGCUUCUCAUACGACGAGCUCAAGGCUUUGAUUGAGCUCUGCUAUAGCGAACAGAUGGCAAACCCGGAGAGAGGCAUCACGUCGGCCGCCAGGAGACAGCUAGAUGAUAAGUUUGCGAGGUUGAGUGAGUUUAAGUGGGAUUAA